CCGCGCCAGGUCGGGAAAUUCCCCCCGGAGUAGGGCGGCGGGCGGGGGGAAAGCGGGCUUGGUGUCGUCGGUGUGAGGAGCGGCCCCGGAGGGCAGUCCGCGGCGGCACGGCCCGAGCGGCGGCGGAGCUGUCAGCAUGGCGGGUAUCUCAGAGCCCUACAUUGAAAUAUUUGAACAGCCCAGGCAGAGGGGCAUGCGUUUCAGAUACAAAUGUGAAGGAAGAUCAGCAGGGAGCAUUCCAGGAGAACACAGUACUGACAACAACAAGACAUUCCCAUCUAUACAGAUUCUGAACUAUUUUGGAAAAGUCAAAAUUAGAACUACAUUGGUAACGAAGAAUGAACCCUACAAGCCACACCCUCAUGAUCUAGUCGGAAAAGACUGCAGAGAUGGCUACUAUGAAGCAGAGUUUGGGCCCGAACGGCGAGUCCUGUCUUUUCAGAAUUUGGGAAUUCAGUGUGUGAAGAAGAAAGACCUGAAAGAAUCGAUUUCUUUGCGAAUCUCUAAGAAAAUCAACCCCUUUAAUGUGCCUGAAGAACAGCUGCACAACAUCGAUGAGUACGAUCUCAACGUUGUCCGCCUCUGUUUCCAAGCUUUCCUCCCUGAUGAACACGGCAACUACACGUUAGCUCUUCCUCCUUUGAUUUCCAACCCAAUCUAUGACAACAGAGCUCCCAACACAGCAGAACUGAGAAUUUGCCGUGUGAAUAAAAACUGUGGAAGCGUAAAGGGAGGAGAUGAAAUUUUUCUUCUGUGUGACAAAGUCCAAAAAGAUGACAUAGAAGUCAGAUUUGUCUUGGACAACUGGGAGGCCAAAGGCUCCUUCUCCCAAGCUGAUGUUCAUCGCCAGGUCGCAAUAGUGUUCAGAACGCCGCCGUUCCUCAGAGACAUCACAGAACCCAUCACGGUGAAGAUGCAGUUACGAAGACCUUCAGACCAGGAAGUCAGUGAACCAAUGGAUUUCAGAUACCUACCAGAUGAAAAAGAUCCAUAUGGUAACAAAGCAAAAAGGCAAAGAUCGACACUGGCUUGGCAAAAGCUCAUACAGGACUGUGGAUCAGCUGUGACAGAGAGGCCAAAAGCGGCUCCGAUCCCCACUGUCAACCCUGAAGGAAAGAUGAUUAAGAAAGAACCAAACAUGUUUUCACCUACACUGAUGCUGGCGAGCUCCAGUCAGAUGUACCCUUCAUGUGGCCAGAUGCCCCCCCAGCCUGCACCACUUGGCCCUGGGAAGCAGGACAGCCUUCCUUCCUGCUGGCAGCAGCUGUACAGCCCCUCCCCUUCAGCCAGCAGCCUGCUCAGCGUGCACCCGCACAGCACCUUCACAGCAGAAGUGCCUCAGCCCGGUGCUCAGGGCAGUAGCGCUCUCCCAGCUUUCCACGAUAACCCGCUGAACUGGCCUGAUGAGAAGGAUUCCAGUUUUUACAGGAAUUUUGGCAGCACGAAUGGGAUGGGAGCAGCGAUGGUGUCAGCUGCAGACAUGCAGAGCGCUUCCAGUAACAGCAUUGGCCACGCCACUCAUCAGGCUGGUGCCGCUGCAGCAAACAUCGUGAACAUGGAGACCAAUGACAUGAACUGCACCAGUCUCAACUUUGAAAAGUAUACUCAGGUGUUAAAUGUAAGCAACCACAGGCAGCAGCUCCAUCAGGUGUCUGCAGCGUGUCCACCUGUGGCAGCCCCUGGCAGCACCCCCUUCAGUUCACAACCAAAUUUAGCUGAUACAACCAUUUACAGCAGCUUUCUAGACCAAGACAUUUUAAGUGAGUCAAGACUAUCAACCAACUCUCUCCAGAACCAUCAGAACAGCCUUACCCUUACAGAUAACCAGUUCUAUGACACCGAUGGUGUCCACACUGAUGAGCUCUACCAGUCUUUUCAGUUAGAUACAAACAUAUUACAAAGCUAUAACCAUUGAGCCAGCACUAGUCUGAAACAGGCACAUACAGCUUUACCAAGGAAUAACUCACCCUUCUGCUUUCUCUUUCAGAAUGCUACCGUGCAAAUCUCAUGGUAAAACUUUAGAGUUUUUUUAAUAUAUAGAUCAAUCAGCUCAAAGACUUGUGCCCAUGAAGAAGCAUUUGGGUGCUGUACCUUCAAAGCUCAUUUUUUAUGGUGUUGGAAAAAAGAAAUAACUCAUACUUAAAGCAUUGGGAAGAAAAGCUGGUAUCUUCAGAAGGGUCAAAUGUCCAUUAACUCACAGGGUUAAAACUGUCUGAAUAUAAAACAUUUUGCUACAAAAUUAAAUGAGCAUUUCAAAAGGACCAACUAGGAACAAACUGCACAUGGGCACUCCAGUUCAGACUCACCCAACAUUAAUGUUUUAUUCAACUUGCUCGAAAGAUUUAGGUUUCUUACCCUCUUUCACAUAAAAUAUUUUUCUCCUAAAACAAAAUAAUGCAUUGAUUUUUCUUUUUUAAAAAUAUUAUAUAUAUAUAUAUUUUUCCAUAUUUCACCGCAUUCCAUUUGCUUUCAAGGCAAAUUUACUCUAAAGAAAUUUAAUGACUAUGUCAUUGUUAGAUAUGUUUUAAAGACCGGAAGGUUUGAGUUUUUAAAUAGUCCAGCUCUGUUGUAAAUGCAUCACUGCACAAAAGAAUGAGCAGAAAGUAAGGACUCCUCUGCACUUCAUCCCAAGUGCACUAUUUUAAACGACACAACCCUGUUGCUUUAGGAAUGGAGCAUGCUGUUAUUUCUCUGGAAUUUGUUUUUUUGUGUGUGUGUGUGUGUAGCCGUGAUGCACGUUUUAUUUUGAGCUGCAGAAACGCAUUGAGCCAAAGCACCUGUUCCUUCCUCAGAUGGCCCAGCAGUUUCCUGCUAUGCAAGUGACUGCUGAAAGGCUCAGGUCUGGCUCCCCGCCACCCCUCACAGGAAGAGAUGAAAUGCAGCCCCCUCCCAUAUGAACGAUAUGAGACAGUUUCAGUCAGUGUCAGAACAGCCUUCAGUCCGCAGUUCUGAGAUCCAGAACUUCCUCUCUCCUGCUACUUUCACAGCCUUCACUCUGAGACAUGAGCUGUCCAGUGACACCUUGCUGCAGGUACCUGGCUAGGUAAGGCACUCACGUCUGCAUUAGGGCUUUGCUAUUUUAUUACUAAUGUACAAAGCAACACAGCAAGAAAUAAUAUCACUGUAUUUAUUUAUACAGCUGGUUAUUGUGGCAGGUAAGGCUUAAAAACCAAACUUUUACUGUUUGGCAUCUAAAAGCGCGCCAUAGAAAGAAGCAAUAAAUAGCGCUUGGAUACACAGGGAACAGAAACCACAACCACAAGACAAAAAGCUACUUGAGAUGUACAGUCACACACCAGAUAGAAAGGAACUCCAAAAACCUUCACAGUUUAAGGGAAAGCAGUAAUUACUCAGGUGCAGUAAUUCAUUGCGUGCAGAGCAAUGAGCUGCUGCAGCUGUAAUGCAUUACAUCAGUUACACGGGUCUGUCUGCAGUGUACAAUUGAAAUCUGUAGAACUUCCCCUGUGACCCCACGUACCCAACUCCACACUUACUUACACCAGUUGUUCUCACUUCUGCACACACGUUUCCGAGAGCAUGAGAAGAGAUACAAAGAACGCUUGCCAUGUUUUGUUUAUUCAGUUCUUCCUGUUUAAGUUCUCAAUGUUUAAGUUUAUUGAAUGUAAACAUUUUCUUUAUAGAAAGCUCUUUAUAGCACAAUUUGUUUUUACAGUAUAAUUAAAUAUUUUCAAAUUUUUCUUUUUUCCUUUGUAAACAAGUUGGUUUGGUAAUUAAAAGAACUGGUUAUACUGA